UCUCUCUCUCUCUCUCUCUCUCUCUCUCUCUCUCGUGGGUUCUUUUAUGUUUUUGGCUCUUUAAUUCUCUCUUCGUUUUAUGAUUUUUUUUCUAUGUAACAAAACCUCCAUGGGAGCUACAGAGAGAGGAUCAUAGCCUCCCGCCUCCCUCCAUGUCUUCUUAGUUCCCAAACCAACAGUACUCACCUCUUCUUCGUCACAAGGGAAUAGACUGGUUCCCAGGAAAACAGGAACAGAGAAGCUCCAAAAAUCAAGGGACGUACGUGAGCUUCCGACACAGAAACAUGAUGAAACCCAUGAUCGAUCUGGAAAUCGAAGCUUCGUCAGAUAACGAUCGUUCAGACACUAGCAGUCAGGUCGCUUCGAACUUGUCCGUUCGAGAAACCUUCUUCGUCCAUGGCGAAGACUACAGAGCAAUCUGCAACUCAUCAGACCCAGAGAUCUCUCUGAAUCUGAGUCUCUGUUUCAACAACAAUGGCGGGAACCCAGAUGAAUCCUCCUCUCUGGGACUUCCAUUAUCGAGCACGAGCGAGAGCAGCAACAACACAACCGAACAACAGCAGCAGCAACCCUCUGGUUCGAAGAGAGUCUUCUCCUGCAACUACUGCAAGAGAAAGUUCUUCAGUUCCCAGGCCCUUGGAGGCCACCAGAACGCGCACAAACGCGAGAGAACGCUAGCCAAACGCGCCAUGCGCAUGGGUUUAGGCAUUCUCAACGCCAACAGCUACGCUUCUCUCUCGUGCCUUCCCCUUAACGGCAACAACAGCAACUACUCCGGCACGUCAUUUAGGGCUCUCGGGAUCAAAGCCCACUCGUCGUCUCACCAUGCCCAGAUCAGGCCGCCUCAGGAGGCGGCGGCGAUGAUCAGGAGGUUCAACCAGGGGUAUUUCGGUAAUUGCAUACCGUUCUUCGUGGAGGAGGAAGAGGCUGAGUUGCUAUGGCCGGGGAGUUUCAGGCAAGAUGUGGAGGGGAAUGGGAGCUCGGCUGUCGCCAAUGGCGGAAACAACAGUAAAGUCGGUUUCUUGGAGGCCAAGCAACCGUUUGAGAUGGACAGCUCUGUCGUUCCAGAUCUCACUUUGAAGCUUUGAGUUAUGUCUUCUCCUGUGUUUUUUUUUUCUUUCUAAAUUUAUGAAUUAUUACUUACUCUCCA